CUGGAAAAUGGCCCUGAAGCAGAUGAGACGAAUUCCACACCAGAAACUGAGGAAAUGUCAGAUAACCGUUCACCAGACUUGAGUUUCGAGAACGAGGCAGAUGGUUUGAUGGCUGACAGCAGUGCAUCACUACUAGACAUAUCUCUAAGACUCCAUGACUUUGGAAGGUUUACACCAGUACCCACCAUAAUCCGUCAUCAGUGUGAACAAGCGCAACCGGAGAUGAUUUCUGUGGGUACUCAAACCGACGAUACGAGAGUUCCCAGAAGUAUAUCAACCCAGACUUCUACUGAAACGUCGACAGUUGGGAUACAAGUGGAUCGGCCUAGCUUCACCUUUGGGGAUAUAAGGGAUGAUGACAGUAAGGUGUUGUUCCACACUGGUAUCCCAAAUGCUGGAACUUUUGAAUGAUUGUUUGAUGAGGUCAGUGUUGGAAUGAAAGCAGGGUUGGCACGAAAAACCUGCCCCCGGAAAAAUAUAGUGUGUUUAUUAACUGAAAUAGUCAAACUAAUAUAAAUUCGAAAAGUGGCUCCUUAAAAC